AGCUAGAAGGAAUUGAAACUAGAACAUAUGUCGUUAAGUUUAAGCCGGGGUUUUCGCUCCCCAGCCCUAACCCAGGAACUCACGCAAGCGAGCGCGCUUGGGGCGAAGAGAGGCGGCGAUGAGCGUCCUGACGCUGGAUCUGCGGCCUGGCGCUGGCAUCGGCGCCUUCAGCCUAGGGAUGCCAGUUUGUGAGGCGCUUGCUUAUAUCGAGCAGCAUCACUCCGUCUUUGAUGUCGUGCACAUCAAAUUCAACGACGAGGAUCCGCUACAAUUCGACCUUGUUAUAAGCUUUCCAGAGCAUGGAUUUCACCUUCGUUUCGAGCCGCGGACGCAGAGGCUUCGUCUGAUAGAAGUAUAUGAUGUCCAACGCUUGCAAAUGCGGUAUGCCACGUCCUCGAUUGGAGGUCCCAGUGUCGCGGCUACCUUCGUUGCCGUUUACGCACUCUUUGGCCCAACGUUUCCGGGAUCGUUCGAUGCAAAGCGGAAUAUCUAUACUCUCUUCUAUCCUGGCCUGGCGUUCACAUUUCCGAUUCCUGGGCAGUACACUAACUGCUGCCAAGAUCGAGAAGCUGAGCUGCCUAUUGAGUUUCCAGAUGGAACUACUCCUGUGAUGUCUCGCGUCUGUAUAUAUGACGGUGCGCUUGGUGGUAAUGUGGAGGCUGGCGCUAACCUUGCGGCCCUGAUAAAGAAAGCCAUCCCGCCGCAACUACCUUCAGGAAGUUUAUACAUGGAAGAAGUCCAUGCAAAGCUCGCUGAGGACCUGUUCUUUACAACCAGUAAGAAGCGCUUGCCGUUUGGAGCGUCUCCUCAGGACGUGUGGGCAGAACUUGGCCGCCCCGACGGAAUUCAUCAAAAGCAGGUGGAUCCUAUGGUUAUACACUCGGCAUCGGAUCCGAGGCCGAACUCAGCCCUU